UCGCUGCGAGGGCGGGUUGAGGGCCCAGGGGGAAACAGGACAGUCCCGCGCUUCACAACGGGGUGCAGGCGGUUUCCCAGUACUCAAGUAAGGAUGCCUUAAGACGAGAACUAUGGAUAAAUAUAUCAAAGUACGGAAGAUUGGAGAAGGAUCCUUUGGGAAAGCAAUACUUGUCAAAGCUAAAGAGAAUGGCCAACAGUAUGUCAUUAAAGAAAUAAACAUCUCUAAGAUGUCAAAUAAGGAGAGAGAAGAAUCAAGGAGAGAAGUUGCUGUUUUGGCUAACAUGAAACACCCAAAUAUUGUCCUGUAUCGGGAGUCAUUUGAAGAAAAUGGCUGUCUGUACAUAGUGAUGGAUUACUGUGAAGGAGGAGACCUAUUUAAAAAGAUAAAUGCCCAGAAAGGAAUCCUGUUCUCUGAAGAUCAGAUUCUGGAUUGGUUUGUACAAAUAUGUUUAGCACUAAAACACAUACAUGAUAGAAAAAUCUUACAUCGGGACAUAAAGUCACAGAAUAUAUUUUUAACCAAAGAUGGAACAAUACAGCUGGGAGAUUUUGGAAUUGCCAGAGUUCUGAACAGUACUGCAGAGCUGGCACGCACUUGCAUAGGAACACCAUACUAUUUGUCACCUGAAAUAUGUCAGAACAAGCCUUACAACAAUAAAAGUGAUAUCUGGGCCCUUGGUUGUGUUCUCUAUGAAAUGUGUACACUUAAACAUGCGUUUGAAGCUGGUAACAUGAAGAACUUGGUCCUGAAGAUAAUCUCUGGACCUUUUCCUCCUGUGUCUAUGCAUUACUCCUAUGACCUACGUAAUCUGCUGUCACAGCUGUUUAAAAGGAAUCCUAGGAAUAGACCAUCAGUAAACUCCAUAUUGGAGAAAAACUUUAUAGCCAAACGGGUUGAAAAAUUUCUCACACCAGAGCUCAUUGCAGAUGAAUUCAGUCAUAAAAUUUUCCACAAGUUUGGACCACAUGCUUCACCAGCUCAAAAACCAGUUCAAGAACCAACACCGACUUCAGUUGCACCAGCUCAGAAAAUUACCAAACCUGCUGCAAAAUAUGGAGUGCCUUUAACUAUCAGGAAGUCUUGUGGUGCACCUAAAAAGCCUAAUGAGAAGAAGCCAUUGACUAAAAUUAGACAGGCAUUUCCAACCCCAUUGAUGGAAAUUAUGCCAGUAGAAAAAAGGAGGGAAAUGUUUGAGGAACCUUCAAAAAAGAAAAGGUUAGAAUUGCCUGAAAAAGAAAAACGCCAGAGAGAGCAGAUCAGUUUACCGAAGGCAGAUGAAAUGAGAAGAUUGGAAAAAGAAAGGAUGGAACGAAUAAACAGAGCCAGGGAACAAGGAUGGAGGAAUGUGCUUGGUUCAGGUGGAAGUGGUGUUAAGGCACCAUAUUAUGUCGGUGGAGGUGGUGUUGGUCCUUUUCCUGUGUCUUCCAGAGGACGCUAUGAACACUAUCAUGCUAUUUUUGACCAGAUGCAACAGCAAAAGGAAAAUGUCUUCAGAGUAGCUGAAGAGAGGGAAGCCAAAUUGAGGGCGAAACUACAAGACCAAGGAGUUGUUGAAAGAGGAAUUCCACCUGGAACACGUCCAGGAGUUCCUAAGGGACCUGCAGGUCAUCACCAUUUAUCCGAUGUUGGUGCAGUUAGGAAAAAAGUGAAAAGAUUGAAGGAGGUGUCUAAACAAGCCAAUGCAAACAGGCAAAAAGGAUGGAUAGCUGCAGAUAGAGCAAAGCAAGUUGAAGAAUUCUGGCAACGAAAGAGAGAAGCCAUGGAAAAUAAAGCUCGAGCUCAAGGGCACAUGGGUACACUGCAAAACCUGACAGAUACCUAUGGAGGCAGGUCCAUUUCUGCAAGAGGAAGGAAAUCCAGAAACAAGGAGGAAGAGGAAUAUUUGGCAAGAUUGAGACAGAUCCGGCUACAAAACUUUAAUGAACGUCAACAGAUUAGAGCAAAACUUCGUGGAGAUAAGACUUUUACUUUGCAGAAUGAAGCUGCCAGUUCUGAUGGACAGGACUCUAGUGAGGAAGCAGAACUGAAACGCAAGAAGAUAGAAACACAGAAGGCCCAAGCAAAUGCUCGUGCAGCAGUUCUGAAGGAACAGUUGGAGCGAAAGAGAAAGGAGGCAUAUGAAAGAGAGAAAAGAGCCUGGGAAGAACAUCUGAUUGCAAAAGGGGUAAAGAAUCCUAACGUGCCUUUUCAUGUGGAAGCUACAGAACAUAGUCCUAUGAAUGGACUACAAGAGCCUGGAGCAGCUCUUCCUAAGCCACAACUUCCAGUGAAACCUGGUGUACCUGUCAUCUCCAUGACUUCUGCUUUGAAGGAAGUGGGUGUGGAUGAACAUGUAAUAACUGCUGUCCAGGAGUCCGAGGAGGACUUUAAAAAGCCAGAUUUUGCAAUACAAAAUAAGCGAGAAAUUCUGAGAAGAUUGAAUCAAAAUCUUAAAGCUCAAGAAGAUGAGAAAGGAAGAAAGGAGGGUAAAAAUACUUCUGAAUCAGCUGGAUCUGAAGAUGGUAAGGAACAACAAGGUGACCAGCAGCCACUUCUGGGAGAUCGCAAAAAAUGGGAAUCUGGGGCGUCUGAGUUGGUCGUUCCUCUAGCUCAGCUAUCGAUGGAAGAUUCUCUCUCUGGAACAGAGUGUCAAACUCUGGGAGAAGUAAUUAAGUUAGAUAUUGGUGAACCUCACAGGAAAGUCUGGGGCAAAAGCCCAACUGAUUCAGUUCUGAGGAUCCUAGGAGAAGCAGAGCUGCAGCUGCAAACUGACAUCCUUGAGGAACAAGAUGAGAUAAAUGGUACUGCAGAGCUUCUUGAAGGAGAUCAUCAGUCUUCAUCAGAGGAGAAAGAAGAGAAGGCUUUUUCUCCUGUUGGAGCUCAGUCUGCAGUACCAGUUGGUGUUACAAAGCCUGUCAUGACUGUACCAGAAGAAUCUCAAAGAAUUGGACCCACCCUGGUACAGAGCAAACCUAUUAUGCUGGAUGAGCCUGAUGAUUUGGAAGCAGAGGUGCUGGAAGAAACGGAAGAUAAAAUGCACCAGAGUAAGGAAAAUAAGGAGUUUCCUAGCACUGUUAAUGAAGUGUGGGUACAAGAGAAAGAGGAUGCGGCACAACAUGACAGAAUAAACGAGGCAGCUUUGGAGAAAGAAGGGCUCAACAAGGUGCAACCACAAAAGGAAGCUCCAGCAGAAACUUGUUCCAGUGACUGUCAGCAAGCUGAACCCUUAUUCCAGAGGGUAAUACAGCCCACACCUGUACCAACAACCUCACCAGUUCUGUCAGCUCAGUCUUCACAGGAAGAGUCUUUUGUACCUCGUUCAAGUUCCAUAUCACCAGCAAAAAAUAAAGGCAAAAGUUCAUUGUUGAUUGGACUUUCUACAGGACUUUUUGAUGCAAAUGACCCAAAGAUGUUGAGAACAUGUUCACUCCCAGAUCUUUACAAACUGUACAGAACUUUAGUUGAUGUUCCCAGUGUAGCGGACAUGCAGGAUCAACAUAAUCUUGAAACAGAUGAUACGGAAGAUGAGCAAGCCAAAGAAGGACCCUCUGACUCUGAGGACAUUAUGUUUGGAGAGACAGAUACAGAUUUGCAGGAGCUCCGGGAUUCAAUGGAACAGUUGCUUAGGGAGCAGCCUAGUGAGGAACUGAGUGAAGAAGAGGAGUCUACUUUAAAGGCUAAUGCCAUGGAAUGCAUAACAAAUGGUACUGAGCUGGAUGAAGGAGAUGAAAAUAACCCCAGCAGUGAAAGUGCUCUUAAUGAAGAAUGGCAGUCAGAUAAUAGUGAUGGAGAGAUUGCCAGCGAAUGUGAAGAAUGUGAUAGUAUCUUCAGCCAUUUAGAAGAGUUGAGAUAUAACCUGGAGCAGGAAAUAGGCUUUGAUAAAUUAAUUGAAGUUUAUGAGAAAAUAAAGGCUAUACUUGAAGAUGAAGAUGAAAAUAUUGAUGUUUGUUCAACCAUAGUUCAGUCUGUUCUUGGAAAUGAACACAAGCACCUGUAUGCCAAAAUACUUCAUCUGGUAAUGGCAGAUGGAGCCUACCAAGAAGGUAAUGAUGAAUAAACCUGACUCAGGAGAUUCCUUAGUGCUUACUACAUACCAGUGUCUGAAGUCCGCACAGCUGAACAAGUUGUAGUGGAGAAUGUAACAUGGGGCAGGAGAGGCAAGACUUCAAAAAAGAAUGUUGAUUGUAUGAAAAAGAGAAAAAACAUGCCUUUUAAACUGAGA